ACUGCAGCAGGACGAGCGCCAUGGCAGUACAGGACAGCAUCAUCACGAUCACGCCCGGAAACACGUCGGCGGCCAACGACAUUGUCGAGUGGCGUGAAACCGAAUUCGUCGGGCGCCCCACGGACGACAAGGACUCGGAAGAGUACGAGGAAGCGCUCCAGCGCAAGCGCCGCAACCGCAUCCUCGCCAUCUUCGCCGCCGGCCUUCUCGUCGUUGGCGUCGCCAUCGGUGUCAUCAUCGCCAGCUCUGGCGGCGGAGAGGGUGCGAGCGUAGCCUCGGGUCUUGAUACGUCGACGCCCGUGGCCACGACGCUGGCGCCGGCCGAGGUGACGGUCGGAGGCACCGCGCCUGGCGCCGGCCCAGAUCUCAUCUCCAUGACACCAUUCCCAACGAACGCUACCGCUCCUGAGGCGACGAACGCCACGACGCCUGUCCCUACGACGGCCUCCACCGGCAAGCUUGAAUCCGAAGAUGUGACGCCGGCUCCGACGACAACCGAGGCGCCAACCCCGGCCCGACCCCGGCCCCCACACCUGCGCCAACACCCGCCCCGACGCCUGCGCCGACCCAAGCCCCGGCGCCCGCGCCGAUCGCCGCCAGCGUCUACCGCAUCAAGAACGGCUGCAACAAGCCGCUGGACCUGUGGUGGCGUACGCAGCCGUACAAGGACCACAACACGCAGCUUGCUGCGCGGAGCUGGCCAGGACGCGACGCUCUUUGAAGGCAAGCUCGCCGGCGGCAAGGUGUGGUACGACAUUUCGACGAUCCCGGACGACUGCGGCGCGUCGUGGGACUUCUGCACUGGCAAGGGCAAGGGUUUCAACGUUGGUAUGACGGUCGAAGUUGUCAACCCAAGCGGUGGCCCUAGCUGCAAGAACCUCAGUUGCAUGUACAAGGGCUGUGCCGAUGCGUACCAAGUGCCCAACGACAAGCAGACAUGGGUCUGCAGCGCGUCGUCGUCGUACAUCAUUACCAUUUUUUGCUAA